GUCCCCGGGACUCAGGGUAGCCGUCGGUCGGUUUCGUCAGGGGGUUGCCGGUAGCUAGCGGUGGCCACUCUCCGAUCCCAGGGGCCUCACCUGGGCCUGACGGCAAGAGAGGGGCCUGGGCAAGUGGGGCUGCGCGUUGGCACGUGCCAACGCGGCGUAGAGAUCCGCGCAGCCGCGCCGGCGCCGAAGGGGCGGGGCCGCAGUUUGAAUCUGGCGGCGGGCGGCUGGGGAGCGGUGGGCCGGCCGAGGGCCGCCAGGUCUGGUGUGGGACGCGGGGACGCGGGGCGCUGCGCUGUGCACGGACGUCGGGGAGCAGCCCCGGAGGAGCCAGGGUCCAGGAAGCGAGACCGCUGCGACUCUCGGCCACUGCGGUGCUCUCGGAGCAAACCCGGGCGCCGGGCGCGUCGAGAUGGAUACUAAUCCAAAAGACAAGGAGCCUUCUGAAAUCAAAGAGUCUGCUAUUAAUAAUGCUGAAAAUGCCUCUUUCAUUUUGGGAACUGGAAAGCUUGUGACUCCUCAGAAGCAUGCAGCAGGAAUGACUCCUUAUCUUCGCACACCGGAUACUUUUAAAUCACCUUUGAACUUUUCCACAGUAACCAUACAGCAAUUGGGAAUUACACCUGAAAGCUUUGUUAAGAGCCCUUCAGAAAAGUCAUCAUCUUACCUUAAAAAGUCUCGACGACGUUCUACAGUUGGCACCCGGGGCUCUCCUGAAACAAAUCACCUGAUUCGUUUCAUUGCUCAGCAGAGGAAUCUAAAGAAUGCUAAGAGAUCUCCUUUCUCACACGAUUCUCCCUUUCAGGGCAGCCCUGGACUAUAUCGAAAUGUUAACUCAUUAAAAGAGCGGAUAUCCGCUUUCCAGUCAGCUUUUCACUCCAUAAAGGAAAAUGAGAAAAUGACUGACUGUCCAGAAUUCUCAGAAGUGGAAGGAGGAUCUGAGACUGCAGGCCUGACCAACAUGGAAGGUCUUGGUGAAUGUCAGCAGUCUGGGUUCUCUGAAAAGUUAUCAUGCAAACGUAGGAGAAUAUCCUUGCAGAGCAGCCCUGAUGACAAACUCAGCAACGGAGAAAGAAGAGUGAUGGAUCUCCAGAUCCUCAGCGUGGAUGUGGACAGAAUGUGUGCUGCUGAGGCUUCCGCAGAUCUUCCUGAGAAAUCAUCUGAACUUGGUUCAAGCCAGCCUGGAUGUGUAGUGAAAGAAUCUUUUUGCUGUCUAGUGCUCCCAGAGGCCUCAAGUGGAUGCAAGGUUUCUGACUGGGUAGAGGGCACGGGAUCGAACGAUGCUGUUUUGCCUGACACACUGACAGCAGAAGCAAGUUCAAACACAGUCCUCGAGGUCAAGUCACCAACUACCACUAUGAGCAGAAGGGACAUUCCAUCCACUGAGACCUUUGUACUUCGUUCUGUAUUGAAGAAACCUUCUGGCAAGCUGUUUGCAGAGAACUUACAGGAACACCAUGACAACCUCUGUGAUGAUUUGAUUCACCCAAGCUUAAUCUCAGAUCUUUCAAACUGUUGCAAAGAACGAAAAGCAGAAGAUCAAGAAAAUUUUAAAACACCAGCCUUUCUAAGUGUGAGGAAGAGGAAGAGAGUUACUUUUGGAGAGGAUCUAAGCCCAGAAGUGUUUGAUGAAUCUUUGCCAGCAAAUACUCCCCUGCGUAAAGGAGGAACGCCUGUCCGACAAAAGGAUUUGAGCAGUGGAAGUCCCCUGCUUGAGCAGUCACCAGUUCCUGAGCAGUUGCCUCAACCAAAUUUUGAUGACAAGGGAGAGAAUCUUGAAAACAUAGAACCAUUUCAGGUAUCAUUUGCCAUUCUGAGUCCUAGUAAAUCUUCAGUUUCUGAGAGUCUCCCAGGCACUGAUACCUUUAGUUCUUCAGAUAACCAUGAGAAAGUAUCCUCCCAUAGGAUUGGUAGACUAACACGGACUUCUGACAGAAGAAGUCAAUUGAUCAGUUUUGCAGAAGAGAAUGUUUGCAACUUAUAUAAUGCAGAACCUCAGUCUUGUAAGGAAAAGAAAAUUAAUAGGAGGAAGUCUCAACAAACAAAGUGCAGGAACAGAGUGCUUCCUAAAAAGAAUCAGGUUUCAAAAAGUUGCAGAAAGAAAAAAGGGAAAGGAAAGAAAAGUGCUCCAAAGUCUUUAUAUGGGGAAAGAGACAUGGCAUCUAGGAAGCCCCUCCUAAGUCCUAUUCCCGAGCUGCCUGAGUUCUGCGAGAUGACACCUUUGUUUCUAAGCGACCGGAGAAUGUACUCAGAUGGUUGCAACUCAAAUGGUAAACUGGAAGAAGUGAGGCCUCCUGAAAUUCGAGUUAAAAGAAACAGUCUUGGGCCUCAGAACCCAGAAGAUCUGCACCAGCAGCAAGGCCUUGGUGAACCUGUCAUGUGUGAACUCGGCCACUCUUACAUAAAAUCCUCCACAGGGCCCAGCUGUGCUACUCCUGAUGAAGAGCUCAGUACAAAUACCGUGGACACUGAAGACCGUGGAAACAUUCCAAAAGCAGAAAAUAAGUGGGAAAGUGAAAAUGAAUCAAAAAGUGGGACUGAGACCGAGAACAGUCACCCUUCUUGCGCUUCUGUGACUGGAGAACACGUUGUAUCAGACCACCUGAAACCCGAUUUUGUCCUGCAGUGCCAGGAAUCUGCUGCUGCUGGUCAUAAUGCAGGAAAGCUCUGUCAAGUCUUGAAAAUUUCCGAAGAUGUUAGGUGUGAGAAACAAGAAGACUUAGUAGUUGCUGCAAGGGGGAAACCUCAGUGCUGCCCUUUCAUGCAGGAGUCACACAAAGAAUUUAAUUGUUUAGAAGAUGUCCUGAUUGGAAAGGCAAAGGAAGCUGAGUGCCACAGUGAUAACGUGGGAAGAAAAGCCGCAGAAAAAAGCAGCCUAAUGAGUUGCAGAGAAAAGAAACAUAGAAGACGCUCUAUGUAUUAUUCUGAUGGUCAGAGUUUACAUUUGGAACAAAACGGGAAUCACGAACCUUCCUACAGUGUGGGAAGCUCUGUAGAAAUUAGUUUAGAAAAUUCUGAACUGUGUAAAGAUUUAUCUGACGCCAUAGAACAAACCUUUCAGAAAGCAAAUGGUAAAACCAAAGUGCGACGUAGCACAAGGCUCCAAAAAGAUUCAGAAAAUGAAGGGCUUGUGUGGAUAUCACUUCCAUGUCUUUCCACUUCCCAAAAAUCCAGAAGGAGAACAAUAUGUACAUUUGACCGCAGAGGAUUGGAAAAUUUAUCCCCUGUAAAAGAAGCUCUGUCCUCCAGACAAAACCCUGGUGUGGUAGCCUCUGUCUCAGGUGAAGAGAGCAGCCAGGGCCUGGCUGCUGAGUGUUCACGGUUACCUGGGCAGAGGAGGAGAAGGAGCUUCUGUGCACCCACAGACGCCAGCACGCACAGUGCCACUGAGCCCAACCGCUACAGGAAAAGAGCCUUUCCCAAGAGGGGAGAAAGCCCCACACCGACCUCCCUAGGGGUGGACACAGAGGCAAAGUAAAGCAGGACCCAACACUUCCCCAGCAGCAUCUGGCAAGAGAGGAGGUGGCUGUCCCUGCUCAGGAGCGCCUUCCCUUCCAGUUCCAUUCUUUGUUCAACUUCAGUGCCUCACAAGUUUCAAAUCAAUAAAAUCACUUGAAUUGAACUGACUUUUAAGUAGAAAUAAGUGAAUUUCUUCAUUACUCAAAAAAAUUGUUGAAUAUAUUCUCCCCCCAAAUGGUAAAUGCUGUCAUUAGUAUUUUGCUAAAAGGGUUGUUUUUAGACCCAACAGUAUGUCUCUGGAUUUUAAUUUUCUGUGAAUACUUAUUUACCAUUGAAGAUGUAGACUCUGUUGUCAGAAGCAUCCUUUAGGAUUGACUCUUUAUAUCACCGUUUGUUUUCUGCAAGACAAAUGUAUAGACAUGUGGAACUUUAUGAAGAUGAAGGUAAUGAAAGCUUAAAGUGAGGUGAUAAGUGUUUUAUGAUAUGGCAAAAGUGCUUAAAUAUUUUAACAAUUAGGAAAAUGGAAAUUUUGAAGCUUGUUUUCUCUUUGGGUUCAAUUUAAGAGAAGCUUUGAAGACUUGCUUUAUCUGUCUCAAAUGAAAUUUUUACUUUAAUAGUUAAAUUAAAAUCAAAUCCUAAAUGUGAAUUUGUAGACAAUUCCUUCGAUAGCCAGAAUUUUAUAAAUCCAUCUUUAUAAAUGAGUACAUAAUUUAAAAAUAACUUCAAUAUAAAGACAUUCUUCUCUUCAAACAAGAUUGCUCUUUUAAAGACUGAACUCCCAAAUGAUUUGAAUGAGUCACAGGUAAUUUGGCAUUUAAUUCAUGGUUUGCCGUAAAAAUGUUUUUGAAAAGCACAAAAUUAAUGAAGGGGCUGUAGAAAAUUAGUUUACUAACAUAAAACAUGGUGGUAGGUCACUGAUUUCUUUUGACAUAGCAUUUUCCAGCAGUUCUAACUUUUAUUUCAUAAUUUCCGAUACUAUCACUUGUCUCAGUUUCUUUAGGUAACCUUUUACAAUAUUUCCUGUGGCUGUUUUGCUGACAGCAGUUUGAAAAUCUAAAUUGCUGUAUAUCUGGAAUUUGUGAAUGUACAUAAAUCAUUGUAUCAUUAAACAAUUGUCUCUGAAAUCCUUUAAAUCAUUAAACUCUCCCUUGCCAUAAUAGCAGAGACAUGUUAACAAAUAGGGCUCCCUAUAAAUAACACAACAGGGAAGAAAGCUCCCGCUGAGCGGCCCAUUGCCCCCUAGUAGAUGGAGACUAUUUGUUACCUCCUGGCACCGGCAGGUCUGGAACUCCUGCUGCUAAAGGCGAAUGUAUUUUACAUUAACGCUCAAGUGAUCCCCAAUUUCUUCUGCUCAAGGGUGGAUUGUUUAAAAAUUUCUUUUAUCUUUACAUGUAAAUUAUUUAUGGACUUUUCCCUUCCCAUUUAUGGUUUGGUAUCCUUACCAAAUCAGUUCCUCUGAAAACAACCAAAGAAGGAAGAACAACAAAAACUAAUUAACUUCAUAUGAAGCCUUUUGAUUUUGGUAAUUAAAAAAAAAAAGAAAGAAAGAAAGAAAGAAAAUAAUCCUUUCAGACACCUAAGUGUUAGAGGACUUUGGGUUUUAAAAACGACUUUUGUAUUUCCCCUUGUUUAAUAUGAAGGCUAAAAGCUAUUGAUCAUUACUUGCCUCUGGUUCUACUUUAUUAUAUCAACUCAACCAUAUUUGAAUUUUUAAAAUUUCACAUUUUGUUUUUGAAUUUCUCAGAAAGUACCAGUGAGGAUGGGAAAGUGUUUGAUCUGUGAUUUCGGCUUGGGUUUUUCUAAUGUAAGCUGUUCUCACUUUCUAGCACCUACAGUUAAAAAUAUAAACACAUUUUUACAAGUUCUAUUGGUUUCAAAAUGUUUCAUUUAUAUUUUGUCGAUAUUUAUGAAUAGCAAAUAGGCAGUUUUCCUUAAAAGAACAGGUCUGAACUCAGAGUAGUUUACCUAAAGUCUCCUCUGUCAGAUUUGUGAAAAAUCAAUGAUUUCUGAGUUUGAUCAUGCAUCCUUUUAUUUUUUUUAACUGUUUCUUUUCAUUAGAGGUUAAGUCAAAAAUUGGCUUCAAAAUAGUUUUCCUGCCUUGCCCUUUUUUUUGCUGGCAGGAACUAACCCUUGAUGUUUGGCCCAACUGUUUCCUUGGGAUCAUCUGCCUCUGUUCCUGCAGAUUCCUGCACGUUCCAGGAGAUGGCAGCAUGAUAUCUGAAGUGGUCACCUCUCUCUCUGAACCUUACAAGUCAGGGCAACUCCUGCCUGCUGUUGCCCGUACUUCCCCUUAUUUUUGCUAAUUAUUUUUAAUCACAAAAAUAAUAGGUGUAUAUUGAAAAAGGCAGAGAACUGUACAAAAUUUUGAAGUAGAAGUAUUGACAACUGUCUUCCUUUCCCGCCACCCAGACAGCAGUGUGCGUCACCUUCCCCGCCACACCUUUCAGUGUGGUCGUCUGGACCUUUCCUCUGCACGGAGUACAGUGUCGUGCACUAACAGGAUCGUGAUGUGCCAUCCUGCAGCCUGACUUUUUUGCUCAAGCAAGUUCCGUGAGAGUCCUGCAGCCUAGCUGGUGGCAGUCCUUUCAGUCAAGCCUGUCCUAGGAAUGCGUAUUUUUGCCAUCUGUCAUUCUGAUAGGCAUCUCCUUAGUAAUGGAGGAGGGUUGUCUCCAACUUUUGCCACUGAAAAUUGUGGCACACUGGACUUGUGGGAAAUAGAAAAGAAAUUCCUCAAAGUUAAAUGGUUAUGAAGUUCUCUUCGUGGAUCUGGACUGGCAACCCCUUCCACUUUCACAGCCUCGCCGCCUUUCUCUUUUUCUCCUGCCACUUGACGCCACUCUUUUCUCUCACUGCCCCGCUUUCACUGGGGUGCCAGAAUUGAGAAGGCGGCCAUUAGUCAUGCCUGGUUCAUGCUGUAGAAUGAAAGAGCUAUUUUUUAAAGUCUAGUCUAUUGAGGUAAAAUAAUCUACACUAAAGUUACUCUUUUUGAGCAUGGUUUGCAUUUUGGCAAAUUUACAGUCCUGCGGCCAGUGCAGCAGUGAGUGAUAGUCCACCCCAGUCGACCCCUCCCCGAACCCAGGCCUUCCCUGCUGAUUCUGUCCUUAGAGUUCUCUUUUCCAGAAUGUCAUAAAAGUGGUAUCAUACUGUACAUACCUUUUGAUGUCUGCUUUUUUAACAACAUAGUACUUUUGAGGUUCAUUUAUGCUGCAUGUAGUCGAUACCUGUUUGUUGCUGAGUAGUAUUCCAGUUUAUACAUG